AUGUUGACGGAAUACACCUGGGCGGUUGUAGUGGGGGCUAUCUUCUGCUUUACCCUUGGCGCUGGCAUGGGAGCGAAUGAUGUAGCGAACAAUUUUGGCACGUCGGUGGGAUCCAGAUCGAUCUCUUUGCGGGGUGCCUUGGUGAUUGCGGCUAUAUUUGAGCUGAUCGGUUCGGUGGGAUUGGGAGCAUCGGUGACGGAUGCUGUUAGGAAGGGUGUGUACUACCCGGAGAGGUUUGGAGAAUUGCCGGACUUCUUGUUGAUUGCGAACUUGACUACUUUAUUAACAGUGACCGUUUGGUUGUUUGUGGCGUCGAGUAUAAAGAUGUCUGUUUCUACAACCCACUCGAUGAUUGGAAGUUUUAUGGGCUGCGGCUUGGCCAUAUCGCCCCAGGCGGUGCAUUGGGCGUACUUGGGUCAAGUUGUGAUUGCGUGGUUUGCGGCUCCGGCUUUAUCCAUGAUUACCGCUGCUUGUUUCUACGUCCUAAUUCGGAAGUUUAUUUUGCGCAAUGGGAAUCCCGUGAGUCGGGGAGAGCUACUGUUACCCUUCCUGGUGUUGUAUGUAUGCGGGAUCAUUGCCAUUUACUUAGUCUUCAACAACCCCGUGGUUAUGAGCAACAAAACAUGUCGGCAAAAGGUAGACGGUAAAAUUGUGGACAUCUCACCAUGUAAACUGACGCAGUGGGUCUCGGCCCAUCUGGGCACGGCCUGGGGUAUCGCUAUUGGCGCCAGUUUCGCGCUGGCCUUGAUUUUCUAUUGGCCGCUGCGUUGGUGGAUCCACCGAAGUAUGAUCAACGAUGAGCGCAUUGCUGAAGACGCCAAGCUCGCCGCUCUCAUGGCGAUGGAGGAAGAUUCCCAAACAGCGAGCAGAGAGAGUGCCCAGAGCGCAGACGAGGACACAGAGGACGGAGAGCAGACGGGUUGCAAGAUCCGAGCGAAACAGGCUCUGGCAAAUGCGCCUUGGAAUCGAGAUAUCCAUGCAGAAGCGGAAGAAGACAACGAGAACGUGCACGAACUGGCGGUCUUGACCGAGAAGUUUGACUGGAGGGGCGAAGCCUACUUCAAAGCCCUUCAGACCGUUAGUGCGGCACUGGCGUGUCUCGUUCAUGGUUCGAACGACGUGAGCAACGCAGCUGCGCCCUUCUCUUCAAUCUACUCAAUUUACAAGGAGGGUGCCUUCCUCGACUCCGUGGCGGUUCCCAUUUGGGUUUUGGUGCUAGGUGGCUCGUCCAUUUCAAUUGGACUUAUGACUUUGGGGUACAAAGUAAUCCAGACAGUGGGUAUUGAGUUACUGCAUAUGAGCGCACCCAAGGGCUUCUCCGUGGAAAUGUCCAUCUUCACCAUCACCAUCAUCUGCUCCUUUCUCGGGUUCAGUAUCAGCUCCACUCAUAUCGGUGUGGGAGCCAUGAUCGGAGUCGGCUUGAUGGAUAGACACAUCGACCCCGAAACUGGCGAGGACAUCACCCAGAAAACACUUGGCUACCUCAACUUCCGCGCUAUCAACUGGCCACUUGCGGGCAAGCUCGCUGUCUCGUGGGUUGGAACUAUCAUCCUCUGUGCUCUCGGCUCCUAUCUCAUCUUUAGCUUUGCCAUUCACUCCCCCACCAAGGUCGCCAGGUUCAUUCCUUGCCUUGGUCAGGUCGUCGACAACCAGUGUGUGACGACGCAAGACCUCUCCCCUUUUUUAGUCUGA